AUGUUCACUCCAACCAUUGCUUCACUUCCCAACGUCCAUCCUCUCACCAAUCUUAUGCAACAAUCCAUGCUCAAGUGGCCCAUCUACUCUCCGCCUUCCCCCUUUGCUCACACCACAACCCUUCCUCCCUCAGCCCGCCGCCAGCACUCCGUGUGGCACCUGCGCUACCUCCCACACCGCUUCCUGCACCAAUCACCUGACGCCACGUCAGCCGCAGAGCAGGACCCACUACUUGCCGGGCUGAGCCCCAUGUCUCCUGCAACAGCUGCUGGGAGGGCGGGGGGGUUGAGGGCAGGGGGCCAGGAGGGUGUGGUGGCAGGGAGACGGGGGGGUGUGGGUGGGGAUGCAGGCAUGGUGGGCGAUCUGAGGCUGCAGGCGGGGCGAGGGGAUGUGGGGGGGAGUGUGGGCAGUGGGGACAGGCGGGGGCGGGGAGGGGGAAGAGGAGGCGCGGAAGGCGUGGCAGCAGCGGCGAAGCUGAGUCGCUUCGCGGGGGUUGGGGGGGAUGUGGGGCCUGGUGGAGGUAGGAGGGGGAGAGCAGCAGGUGGACAGGCUGGGAGUGCUCGGGGGAGCAUGGAGGGGCAGACGGUGGGGGGAGGGGCGGGCGAGAGGGGCGGGGGUGGUGGGGAGGCAAGGAUGGGAGGUGAGAGGUGGGAUGCGGAGGGAGAGGGCGGAGGGUGGUGUGUGCGCAUGACACGUGUGUGGACGGGGCUUACAGGCCAGGACAAGGCCUCCAACGUGCUGCUGCUCUCCCACACCCCCUUAUCCUCCUCUCCCCCCGGCCUCUCCUCUUCCUGCCCCCACCGCACGUCCCUCCCUCUCACCGUCAGGCCUCUCCUCAGCCCGUCGCCCCCCCCUGGCUCUGCCACUCUUGCCUUCUGCUUGCCUGCCCGCCAGCGCGUGUGGGUGCGACACGUGGCGUGUGGGGGGGCAGGGGACGGUCAGGGCGAAGGGGAGGCGGAGGAGGAGGAGAGCAGGGCCGAUGGGGAAGGGGGGAGUGGGGGAGGCGGGGAUGAGGGCAGGGGGAGGGUGGUGCACAUGGAAGGGCGGCGCUGCUGGUCGGUGGAGGCUGUCUCCGCUGUGACUCUGAGGCUCGUUGCGCCGUGUGCUGCACGAUUGAACGCCUCCAUCUCUCCCCCCUUCUCUCCCCCCUUCUCUCCCCCCUUCUCUCUCCCCACUGCUCCAUGCGCCAUUCAUCGUGCACCCACGCACCACGGCCCGCUGCUGCUCUGGCGGGCGCCCUGCACCACCUUCCUCGCCCACCAUGGCAUCCACGUAAACCAAUCAGAGCUCGCCACGUGUCCCCUGCGCCUGUGUGCUGCCCUGGGCGACCGUGUGUCCGUUGUUCUCCCCAACAACCAGGUGACCCUUCCUCCCCUCCCCCUGCCUUUACACUCCCAAUCGCUCGCCCCGAUCUCUCUCGCUCUUCUCUUUGUCGCCUCCACUCUAUUUCCUCCUCAUCUCCUAACGUUUUCUUCACAUCUCACCUCGUCACCUCCUCACCCAUCUCCUCACCUCCUCACCUGUUCAUCUCCCUCCACACUCUAUCCUCUCUCCUCGUCUCUUCUCCCCACUCCACCGCGCCAUCAGGAGCAUCGCUUCCAAGUCAAGCUAGCAGUCGCUGCCCACCUGCCUGCCAGGUGUCUCGCUGCCAUUCGUGCAAGCCCCUUCCCUCGCCGCCUCUCCCAUGAGCUGCGCUGCGCCCUGCUCGCCCCAUGCCUUUGGCGGCUGCAGCAGUGGCAGCAGCAGCGCAGUGAGGGGGAGAGAGGGGGGAAGCGCGUGGAGGGAGGCAGUGGGGUGGGUGGUGGGCGGCGGGUGGAGCUUGUGAAGCUGUGUGCGCUGGUGGGCGCGGCUGGUGGCGCUGCUGAUGGUGCAGAGGAAGGGGAGGGCGAGGAGUGGCACACGCUGCUGGGUGUGGUGGAGGGGUGGAUUGAGGCGGCGCUGGUGGCGGGUGGUGGUGGCACUGACACUGGCAGGCCGGGCGGCGAGGGAGAGGGUGAGCAAGGGGGGAAGGCAAUGGAGGUGGAUGGUGAGGGCGACAGGUGGAAUGAGACACAGGGAGAAGAGGGGAGGGAAGCAGCAGCAAGUGGGGUAGGAGGAAGAGAGGCAGGGCAGUCAGCAUGGGAGGGGCUGCUGAGCAGCCAGCACCACCGCCACCUGCUGCUCUCUGGCACCCCCUCCUGGAUGCCCUUCCCGCUCCCCUCACCACCCAGUACUGCGCAUGUUUCUCCUCCUCGCUCUGCUGCUGCCAGCUCUGCUGCAGCGCCCAGCGGGCGGGGAGGGGAGAGAGGGGGGCACGGGGAGGGCGUGCAGGUGGGGGGAGAGUGGGUCCAGGGUGAGGAGGGCGUGGGGGAGGGGGAUCUGGUGGAGGUGCUGCGGGCGCUGCACGGCGUGUAUGAGGAGAGCCGCCUUGACGCCCUGUGCCGCAGCUCGCUGCCCCGUCUGGCAGCCCUAGUGUGGGUGCUGGCAGCAGUGCUGGGCGCGCAUGACUUGUGCGACCACUACCAGCGCCACCACCCCUCCCUCUCCCUCCUCGCACACUCCUUUCCCCCAAGUCUGUCAGAGUGCGCACUGCCCCCCCACCCUGUACUGCCAUCCGUGGUGCCAUGUGUCUUCACCUGGUUGGCUCGCACCGUGCAGUACGGGCCAAAGCAUGCCGCCCCUUGGCUGGCAUGGAUGCCGCCAUCCUUGCUGUCCGCUGCCGCCCUGCCCACGCUGGUGGGAGGGGAGGUGGGCGGGGAGGGGAGAGGCAGAGAGGCGAGAGGAGGGCAGGGAGCAAAAGAGGGCGGCGAGUGGUGGGAGGAGUGGGAGGGCGAGGGGGAAGGCGGGCCUGGGCUGCUGCCCCUGGUGGUGGCGCUCUUCUCGCUGCUCUUCCCCCGCGGUGUCUGGACCCGCCUUGCUGCCCGCCCGCCCUCCAAGGCCAGGCACAAGCCGGCGGUGGGGGAGGAGGCGUCAGGUGGAGGGAAGGCAGGCACUGACAAGGGAGGGAAGGGGAGAGCAGGGGAGGCUGAGAGUGGGGCCGAGGGCGCGGCGGCGGCAGCAGGGGGCGAUGGCGUGGCGGGGGUGAGUGAGCGGUGUGUAGCAGCCAUGGUGGCGGCACACAUGGGCCGCUCUGACCUUCAGAGGCUCCCCCCUGCCGUCGCCCUGCCCCUUCUGCAGGCACUGCACAUGUGCAGGGAAAACCCUCCCUCUGGCUGGCCAGCAGCGGCGUAUGUGCUGGUGGGCAGGGACGACCUGGCUGCCACUGCCACCGCCUGCCUGCGCUGCUUCUCCCUCCGCCACUCACCGCUGCCUCGCUGCUUCUCCCCUCACUUGCACCUCAGCAGCGCUGGGGAAGGCACCACCACUGCAACUGCGCCACCACGCACCACUGCACCGCUGCACUCCCCACACUCCCUUUCGCCCCUCUCCUUCUCCUUCCCUCCCACUGUGCUCGUGCGCCCACUCUCCCCCUUCCCCUCGUCCCCCCACUCCGCCCUGCACGCCUCUCUCACCCUCCCUGGCUCCCACGCCUCUCAAGGCCUCGCCUCCGCCUCAGGGGUGGGCGUGGGGGGCAUAGGGGCGGGGGCAGGCAGCGGGGUGGGGAUGGGGGGGGCAUCGGACGCGACUGGGGUGGGAGGGGGAGGGGCGGGUGUGGAGGGCGCAGGGGGAGAGGGCAUGGUGGCGGACGGCAUGGAGCAUCUGCUGCUGCCGCCCGCCCGCUCCCUGCUGGCGCUGCGCUUCCCCUGCGACCUGCGCCUCGCUGAGGUGCGUCGGCUGCUGUGCUCUGCGCGCCCUGUGCCCCUGCCGGCCGCUGCUGCUUCCGACUCCACCGACCCCGAUGCCCUCGCCGCCCACCAGGUGCCCCUCGCCGCCCACCAGGUGCCCCUUGCCGCCCACCAGGUGCCCCUUGCCGCCCACCAGGUGCCCCUUGCCGCUCACCAGGCUCAGCUAUGGCAGGUGGCGCAUCGCACGGUGGCGCUACCGCUGGGGCGGGCUGCCUUCACCUUCGCCACAGCCCCACCUACCCUCACUCAGGCAGGCCUGCUCCCUUGCCUUGCCCCACCUCGCCCUUCCGCUCUGCGCACUCCCCUGUCCAUCUUCGCCGUGGGGCUGGACGGCUCGCUGGGCAACCUAUCAGAGCUCGCCACGUGGCCGGAGUUCCACAACGGGGUGGCAGCCGGCCUCAAGCUCGCCCGUGUUCCGCCGGGCACAGUCACGCGGGCAUGGGUGGUGUACAACCGGCCAGUGGAGGCCUCGAGUGCACACGGGGGGUUGCUCAUGGCGCUGGGGCUGCGCGGCCACCUGCGUGUGCUCGCCCCCACCGACUUCUUCCGUGACCUCGCCCUCGUACAUGCCCCAGCCCCCGAUUCCUGUUCGGUUGUUGGUGCGUGUGUGCCCCCUCUGUGCUGCUGUGUGCUCGGCGACCCCCCCCCCCCCUGCCCUACCAUGUGUGCCCCGCCCCCCCCGUCUGCCCUACAUGUGCUCGCCCCCACCGACUUUUUCCAUGACCUUGCCCUCGUGCGUGCCCUUCCCUUCAUGCCCUCGUCCGUGUGUGCUCCCGCACCCCAUUCCUGUUCAAUUGGUGGUGUACCCCCCCUCUGCCCUGUCGUCUCCCCCCGCCCCUCUCUGCCCUGCGGUGUCCCCCUCCUCUUCUCUCCCCUGCGUAUGUUCGCCCCCGCCCCUCCCCUCCCUGCCCUUGUGCGUUCCCCUCCCCCCUUUCCUGUUUCGUGGUGUUGUAGCAUCUCCGCCUUGCAUCACCCCUCACGAUUCACAGAGCACGAGGCAACGACGGUGGGCGUGCUGCUGGGUGCUGCUGCAUCAUACCGGGCCACCAUGGAUGCCAAUAUCUGCAAGGUGAAUGAGGGGUGUUGUCAUGCCAUGUGCAAGGUGAGUGAGGGGUGCUGUCAUGCCAUGUGCAAGGUGAGUGAGGGGUGCUGCCAUGCCAUGUGCAAGGUGAGUGAGGGGUGCUGCCAUGCCAUGUGCAAGGUGAGUGAGGGGUGCUGCCAUGCCAUGUGCAAGGUGAGUGAGGGGUGCUGCCAUGCCAUGUGCAAGGUGAGUGAGGGGUGCUGCCAUGCCAUGUGCAAGGUGAGUGAGGGGUGCUGCCAUGCCAUGUGCAAGGUGAGUGAGGGGUGCUGCCAUGCCAUGUGCAAGGUGAGUGAGGGGUGCUGCCAUGCCAUGUGCAAGGUGAGUGAGGGGUGCUGCCAUGCCAUGUGCAAGGUGAGUGAGGCUACUCUUGAGGCGCCUCAUAAGGUGCCGCUCCACCAUGGAUGCCACUAUCUGCAAGGUGAGGUGGUGUGCUGCCGUGCCGCGUGGAAGAUGCUCUAUCUGCACAUCCCAUCGCGCCACCCGCCUUCCUUCCCCGACCUCGAGCUCCCUCCCAGCAUUCAGACGGCAGCGCUGGUGGGCGUGGGGCUGCUGCACAUGGGGUCUGCGCACCGCCUCACCACCGAGAUCUUGCUUGACGAGAUAGGGCGCAAGCCAGAGGGGGAGGGCAGCAUGGAGAGGGAGGGGUACUCUCUCGGGGCUGGCCUCGCACUGGGGCUAGUCACCCUCGGCACGGCAGGGAGGGCGUGGGGGCUGUGGGACCUGCGGAUGGAGGACCGAUUGCAACGCUACUUCUCGCCCGCCCUUGACCCUUCCGUGCUGGAGGGCAACACACCCAACGUGGAUGUCACAGCACCAGGAGCCAUUCUCGCCCUUGCCAUGAUGUACCUUCAGUCGAACAACGAGGCGGUGGCGGCGCGCCUGGCCCCGCCCUCAACGCACUUCGCCCUCGAGUUUGUGCGCCCCGACUUCAUCCUCCUGCGCGUGCUCGCCCGCUCCCUCAUCCUCUGGGACAGGUGCGCUCAUCCUCUGGGACAGGUGCGCUCAUCCUCUGGGACAGGUGCGGUCAUCCUCUGGGACAGGUGCGGUCAUCCUCUGGGACAGGUGCGGUCAUCCUCUGGGACAGGUGCGGUCAUCCUCUGGGACAGGUGCGGUCAUCCUCUGGGACAGGUGCGGUCAUCCUCUGGGACAGGUGCGGUCAUCCUCUGGGACAGGUGCGCUCAUCCUCUGGGACAGGUGCGCUCAUCCUCUGGGACAGGUGCGGUCAUCCUCUGGGACAGGUGCGCUCAUCCUCUGGGACAGGUGCGGUCAUCCUCUGGGACAGGUGCGGUCAUCCUCUGGGACAGGUGCGGUCAUCCUCUGGGACAGGUGCGGUCAUCCUCUGGGACAGGUGCGGUCAUCCUCUGGGACAGGUGCGGUCAUCCUCUGGGACAGGUGCGGUCAUCCUCUGGGACAGGUGCGGUCAUCCUCUGGGACAGGUGCGGUCAUCCUCUGGGACAGGUGCGCUCAUCCUCUGGGACAGGUGCGGUCAUCCUCUGGGACAGGUGCGGUCAUCCUCUGGGACAGGUGCGGUCAUCCUCUGGGACAGGUGCGCUCAUCCUCUGGGACAGGUGCGCUCAUCCUCUGGGACAGGUGCGCUCAUCCUCUGGGACAGGUGCGCUCAUCCUCUGGGACAGGUGCGGUCAUCCUCUGGGACAGGUGCGGUCAUCCUCUGGGACAGGUGCGGUCAUCCUCUGGGACAGGUGCGCUCAUCCUCUGGGACAGGUGCGCUCAUCCUCUGGGACAGGUGCGCUCAUCCUCUGGGACAGGUGCGCUCAUCCUCUGGGACAGGUGCGCUCAUCCUCUGGGACAGGUGCGCUCAUCCUCUGGGACAGGUGCGCUCAUCCUCUGGGACAGGUGCGCUCAUCCUCUGGGACAGGUGCGCUCAUCCUCUGGGACAGGGGCGCUCAUCCUCUGGGACAGGUGCGCUCAUCCUCUGGGACAGGGGCGCUCAUCCUCUGGGACAGGUGCGCUCAUCCUCUGGGACAGAUCCCAUUCCCACCGAGUUCCUUUCCUCCGUUCCCCUCCCUCCACUGCAGCGUGCGGCCGUCAGAGGAGUGGGUGGCAGCACAGGUGCCGGGCAUCAUCCGUGCCGCUGUGGCCGCCACCGGGGGAAGGGGCGAAGGGGGGAGUGAGGGGGAGGAUGAGGAAGGGCGGGGCGUGAGGAAGCGGGGAGGCAAGGGGGGAGGGGAGGGGAAGGCGGAUGUGGAUGAGGAGGCGAUGGCUCUGGCGCUCUGCAACUUGCUGGCGGGGUGCUGCCUGGCGCUCGGUGAGUUGACCCAUGCCAUUGCCCUGGGUGCCUGGCAGCUGGGCGGGCUGAGUCUAGUGAGGCAGGAAGAGUGUGGGGAUAGAGAAGGGCUGCGCUAUGCGGGUUCAGCCAAUGGCGAGGCGGAGAACCUUCUCCGGCGCUAUGCGCUACUCUUCUUCUUCCUCCGCGAGCGCCGUCCUCUCACGGCCGUGGCCUGCCCGUUUGCCGUGCCUCUGCUGCACUGGCGGGCGCUGCUGGAUGCGCGCACCCUCGACACCGCUGUCAACGCUGCCGUGCUCUCCCUCUCCCUCGUAUGCUCUACUACCUCUCCUUCGCUCUGCCCUCCUUCGUUCAUUAUGCUCUCCCUUGGCCUCCUACGCCUAGCUGUCAUGGCAGGCACGGGCCAUCUGCCUUCGCUGCGUUUGUUACGAUUCUUCCACCGUCGCACCGCUGCUGCUGCCGAUGACGCUGCUGUCAACGCCGCCACCACCUAUGGCUCACACAUGGCGGUGAGCAUGGCGAUCGGUUUCCUGGGCCUGAGUGCCUGCCAGGCCACCUUCUCCACGUCGCCCCCUGCUGUGGCGGCGCUGCUGCUCGCGCUCUUCCCGCACUUUCCCUCCUCGCCCUCCGACCACCGCUGCCACCUGCAGGCGUUGCGGCACUUCUGGGUGCUGGCGGUGGAGGAGAGGGCGUUUGUGGAGGCUGUGGAUGUGGACACGUGGCAGCCUGUGAUUGCUCCACUGCACCUCACCCUCAAACCCUCUGACUCGUCCACUCCAACCGCGCUGUCGCUGCACACGCCGUGCCUACUGCCGCCGCUGCCGCAGCUGAGGGAGCUGCGGCUGUGUGGCCGCAACUUCUGGCCGCUGCGAGUGGCAGCGAGGAUAGCAGACCCUUCCCGCCCGCCCCUGCGAGCCAUGAGGGGGAGGCGGCGAGGGGGGCAUGGUGUAGUCGCUGCAGUGGGGGGUGGGGGGCGGAAGGCGGUGGGGAGCGCAAUGGGAGUGGGUGUAGGUGGGGAGGGCAGUGGGGGCCAGCACCUGGUGCUGCUGGUGAAGGGGCGGGGGGCACAGGCUGGCAGCGGUGGGGGUGCUGCAGCAGUGGACGAGAUGGGAGACCCCAGGUCCCGCAUGGGGGAGGAGGUGAGCGCUCAUGUGCGGUUGCAUGCUCCCUGCCCCCCUCACUGCCCCUUCCCCCCUUUCCCAUUCAUUACAGCACUUGAGACUUGCAAUCUUCACUCCCGCAACACAGCCAUGGCCUCUUGCAUCCAGCUAGUGCUGUCUUCCAUGCAUUGGCAACUGCUUUCAUCACCUUCUCAUUGCCUCCCGCUUUCUCUCAUUCUGCAGUUCCCUCUCAAUCCUUCCUUUCCCCCACUCCCCCAUCAUCCCUUCCCCCUUCUUUCCCCACCCUUUUCCAUCCCGUGCAUCCCUGGCCAUCUCUCCCUCCAUCCCCUCCCUCCUGCAUACUCCCCUUUCCUUCACUUAUUCUCCAUGCCCCUCCUACCUUCCAUGACCACGCACCCCUAUACACUCUGCACACCCACCUCUUUCCCCCCCCUGUCUCUUUCACCCAACCUCACACCCGUCAUCUCACACACGUCCCUCCACACAUUCCCCUCGGCCUCGCUCGGCCAGUUGCCGCCCGUCUCAGCACGGAGCAUGGCAGCCGCCCUGCCAGUGGCCGACCCCGUCCUCUCCGCCUUCAACCGCCUCUUCUGCUGCCCCCUGCCGCGCUCCGCUGUUCAACCGCACGCAACCUCAAGCCAUGAGGGUUUCUCAUCGGCUUGCCAGGCAGCGCUGCUCAUGGCGCACGCAGCGGAGCAGCCGGAGCUGCUGGAGGUUCUCCUCUCUCUCGCCACCACCUGCCAUGCCGUGCGCUCACUGCCUCACGCACACACCACCUGUGGCUCCGCACUGCCCUGCCUCGUCUCCUCCUUCCAGGUGGUGGAAGCCUUCAUUCCAUCGCUCUGUGCACUCUCCUCGCCCACCCUUUCCCACCGCGCCAGCUCUCCCCAAUCACCCAUCGUGAGCCCGCUGUUUCUCCGCUCCCUCUGCUCCACCCUCCACCGUCACCUGCUUGCACCCGCUCACCGCACCCGCUCUCUCUCAACCUCGCCCCUCCUGCGCCAACACCUGGAAGACUACUCGCGCUGGGCCCUGCUCCUGUGGCAGCCACAGGAGCAGCAGGCAUCAGACUUGGCGGGGGCAGCAGCAGCAGAAGCGUCAGGCAGCAUGAGCAGGCCAUUGGCACAUACCACGCAGGAGCAACCAGGCAUUCAACUCUUCCCGCUCUUCCUCCUUGCAUUCGCCUUCCCCUCUCCACUCUCACUGGGCCGCGCCCUGCACACGGCUAUGACCUCGUGCUCCCCACCUGCCUCUGCCGCUUCCACUCCUGCACCACUCUCCCCGCCCUUCCCGCUGCCGCUGCUGCUGGCACUCCUCCUCCCGCACCUGCGGCAGCACUCAGCUGUCAUGGCUAUGCUGCUGGAGGUUGUACAGAACUUGAGAUAG